GCUCGGAGCCGGACGGACGCUCCUGGAAUCUCCUCGUGUUUUUCUUGAAGGCUUCAGGAGGAGGAGGAUGCUGCUGCUGCUGCUCAUACAAUGGAGAUGAAGCCUACUUUAGCAGCUCUGCUUCUGCUUCUGCUUGUCUCUUUUUGGCCUGCUUCAAGCCAGGAACUCAAUCCGAAAGGCAGGAACGUGUGUAGAGUAACUGGGACUCAGGGGUUUGCAUGUUGCAGUGGAUGGACGCAGCUUGGAGACGAGUGUUUAACACCUUUGUGCGAGGGUAAUUUCACCUGCAAGGAGAACGAGGUGUGCGUCCGACCCAACGAGUGCCGCUGUCGUCAUGGAUACUUCGGAGCGAGCUGCGACACCAAGUGCCCCCCUCAGUUCUGGGGUCCCGACUGCAAGGGCAAAUGCACGUGCCACCCUAACGGCAAGUGUGACGACGUAACCGGCAAGUGCACGUGCCACCCGAACCGCUGGGGUGAGAACUGCGAGAAGCCGUGCUCGUGCAAACAAGGCAAGUGCGACCAGGAGACGGGCAAGUGCACGUGCCACGCCGGCUUCUGGGGGCCCCAAUGCAGCAACAACUGUUACUGCAGCCUGAACUCGGUCUGCGACCAGACCACGGGACGCUGCCAGUGCUACCCAGGCUGGUACGGGCGCAACUGCGGCACCCAGUGCGCCUGCAACAACUCUCCGUGCGAGCAGUUUUCCGGACGGUGCCAGUGUCGCGAAAGGCUCUGGGGCCCAAACUGCGAUCGCUACUGCCAGUGCAUGAACGGGAAGUGCAACCAGGCCGAUGGCUCGUGCACCUGUAAACCGGGAUACAGGGGCAAGUUCUGCAGGGAGCCGUGCCCCGCCGGGUUCUACGGCCAGAACUGCAGGAACAAAUGCGGUCACUGUAAGGGUCAGCAGCCGUGUAAGGUCACGGAAGGUCGCUGCGUUACCUGUGAAAGAGGCUGGAACGGCACCAAAUGUGAUCAGAUGUGUGCGCCAGGCUUUUUCGGGGAGAACUGCAAAGACGAGUGCCCGCCGUGCAAGGACGGACAUUACUGCAACCGCAUCGACGGGAAGUGCUCCCACUGUAAUCCCGGCUGGAUCGGAGAUCGGUGUGAGGUCCGCUGUCCUAACGGCACAUACGGAGAAAACUGUGAGAACGACUGCAGUCACUGUUUUAAUGGAGAAUGCCACUUCGCUACAGGAGAGUGUCUCUGUGAUCCUGGAUUUUACGGGACUUACUGCAAUCUGACGUGUGAAUCCGGUCAGUUUGGAGUGAACUGCGCACAGACGUGUCCAUGCCACGAUAAGAACUGCAAUCCAGUAUCCGGAGCCUGCAAUCUGUAUCCGAACCAGCGAAUGGGAGUCAUCGCUGCAGCGACGUUGGUGUCUUUUCUGCUGCUGGUUCUGCUCUCUCUGCUCUUCUGCUGCUGCCUUUGCAGUAACAAAGAUCGUAAUAGUUCGGACCACGAUAACUCCACCGGCAGUAAGAAGGCCAAAAGAAUUCUGUGUGGACGAUUCAGCCGAAUUAGCACCAAGUUACCCAGAAUCCCUCUGCGCAGACAGAAGCUGCCGAAAGUUGUUGUGUCCCGUCAUGACCCUGAGAAUACCUUCAACUGCAGCUUCAUCGAGCCCCCCUCUGCUGCCGAGCACCCGACCCCAUCCUGGUCCUCCCAGGAGUCUUUCUCCUCUUUCGAGACGACCGAGGACGGUCCAGUUUACUGCGUACCACAUGAAGAUACCAUAAACGAGGGAAAUGCCAGACCAAGUCCUAAUGGCACUCCAGAGAGCGUAGUAGCCGUUAGCGAGGACGAUGCUAAAGAAUAUGCGUCUUUUAAAGACACGAAAACGACCACGAAGCAGCCAGUCAACGACGGCAGUGAGCAGCCCUUAUUGAAGUCAACAGACAGCGAGAGCUCCACCAGCGGCUCGGAGUCAGCCAUGGGGGCCCUCUAUGCCCGAAUCGCUCGCCUCUCUAAGCAUUCUAAAGAGGAUGAGGACAGUGGCAGUGUGACUGAAGCCAAACCUGACAAGGCUCCAUCCUCAGAGAAGACCAAACCCCGACCGCCAGACCCUUCCACCAAGCCGAAAGUGUCUUGGAUCCACGGGACCUCUGGUGCCAACCAGUCAGAAAAGGGUCCGGCACCAUCUCCACCCAAAGAAAUGCCUUCGACAGAGGGUUCUGGAAAGAAGGAGGAGAGACAUCGAUCCAAGGACAAGUCGAGCAAGAAAGCUGAUCAGAAAAAUGAGUCUCCAAGCAAGACCAAAUCCCACAUGGCUUCAGAUCCGAUCGACCACAUCAACGGAGCCGUUCAGAAUGCCUUAAAGAAGAUCGGAAAUUUCCACUUGGACAGGAAAGCAAGUGACACCACCAAAGAACCACCCAAGAGCCCAAAGAUCAUCCCGCCUAAUAUACAUUCAGAGGCCGCCACUCUUCUCGCUGCCCAGUUGAAAGAAAAAACCCAGAGCCUGAACCGAAAUGAAGGCCUCACUGUUGGAGUCAAACCCAACGGUAUGUCGACCCCCCAGGCAAACCGGGAGAAGCCGACACCACCCCAGAAGGCCAAGAGAUCAGUCGCUGCAGCAAACAAACCCCUCAUACCGACUUCAACCAACCUUCAAAAGAUGGUGGCUCCUGUAACGGACUCCACCACUCCUGAGCCCCAGACUCCAGGAAAGCCGGCCUUAAACGGGACCCAGGUAGGAGAUGCUGGAGAACCCACACCAAAGAAAACACCGAUUAAAAAGCCACCCAGAAAGCGAGGAAAGGAGGCUACGACGGAGAUGGAACCUAAGACCACACCAAAGACGGCGAUUAUGCCACCUCAGAUAAUCAAAUAGACAACGAAUGUGGAGAUGUCAGGCUGAACACACAGUGUCUGCCUGUAGUGAAUGAAGCCUUUAUAAACAACAC